UAAAAGUAAUAAAAAAAGUAAUUUGUAGUCAAGAAGAAGGGAAAAACAAUUUUUCCAAAAUUCUUUUAAUUUUCGAUAAUUGCAGCAAUGAUGACUGCAAAGGUGAUGCCAGAGACAGAAGAAGCUAACAGACUUAGAUUUCAAGUAGAGCUUGAAUUCGUGCAGUGUUUGGCAAAUCCCAAUUAUAUACAUUUUCUAGCACAGCGUGGGUAUCUAAAAGAACAGACCUUCGUGAAUUAUUUGAAAUACCUACAGUACUGGCGCAAACCAGAGUAUGCACAGUACCUCAAGUAUCCAAUGUGUCUACAUUUUCUAGAGCUACUUCAACAUGAAGCGUUUAGAAGGGAAUGCGUUUCUGCUCAGGUUUGCAAGUUCAUGGACGACCAAGCAAUUUUGCUGUGGCAACAUUAUACCCGCCGGCGCACGCGCACUUUGCAGCCGCCCGACCAGCCUGCGCCACCCGCGCCUCCCGCGCCACCAUCGCAGGGCCCGCCCAGACAACAUUCAUAGCUUUUUGUAUUUUUAAGCUUAAUUUAUGCUAGUUCAUUAAAGAACUUGAAAGGCGCAACAGAUAAAACUGUGGACACUAGAUGUGGAGGUCCCGUGUUCGAUUCCAAUUUAGGAAACAAUUUUUUUUAAUUAGUUUUGGUCUGGUGUUCUGAGUAUGGCUUGGAGUUAAUUUUGUUACUGUGGUACUGAUAGUACAGGAAAUUCCUUACUGUGAGACCAUAAUUGGCCUAGCACUAUUAGGGACCAAUUGGACAUUGGUUUUGUUGAGAACUACCAUCUAUGAACCGAUAUCUUGUACAUGUUGAUGAUUCAUGGGAGUUUACUAAAAUAUAACAAACUCCAUAAAAACUGUUUGAAUUAGUUUUUGUGUUUUGGAAAAGUAAUUCACAGUAAUAUGAUUAAGAAGUAAAGCAAUUAUAGUUUAUGGAGUAAACGCAAACUAUCUCUGUUUAGUGUCCUUAAGUUUGAUACACACAAGACUUGAGUUUUUUUCAACUUUAUAUACUAUUAUGCUUUUCUUUAAUUGAUUAAUACAGGAAUUUAAUAUUUUCCCUUGUAAACGUAAAAGUAGAGGGCGCUGCGGUAGAUUUUGUCAUGUACAUACGUUUAGUGUUGGGGCAUGGAAAAUUUUCAUUUUUUUUCAUAUCAUUUUUCCAGAUAUUUUUCCUUUAAUUUUCCACAUUUGACAUUGACACCUGUCAAAAGUUGAAGUUACUAACGAAAACGAUGGAGCCAACAAUAAGUGGUGGUGGUUUGGUUGUUGGAGGUUUUUUUGUUGUUUUGAAAUCAUUUUAAAUCUCGUUUUUCUCUAGAAGGCUUUUAGCUAUACAAGUUUAUUUUAUAAUUAACGCUAAAUUAAAGUUAAAAGAUAUUUCUGUAUUUCUACAUUUUCAGGAUUUGUAACAUAAUAUGAGCCUUCCAAAUUAUAUUUUGUAAAUUUUUCGGUAAUGUUUCCGGAAAAAUUUCCACUAUUUGAAAUUUUUCGUAAAAUUACCCAACCGUACUAAAUAUGGCGAAUACCUUUUCGAAAAAAAAAUAGUUUUUGAGAUAUUGCUAAUUGCGGAUUGUCGGAACACAUUAUGUCUUCUUCUCUUUAAAAAUUGCCAAAAGGUAGUUUUUGUUUGUUUGUAUGAAUAAUUUAUCGACCCGCGAAUAUCAACAACUAAAUCCACUUUAAAAAUAAUUUGAAAGCACAAUGCGACAAAUCCAUUCUAGAUUCGAAAUUUAUUGGUUUUUGUACCGAAGCUCCAUAAUUGAUAAUGUAUUAAAUAAAAAUGAAAAUGCUGUAUAGUUCCACAUUUCAUCAUUUUCUCGAGUCUCUAUUAAUUAAGCGGUAUAGCAAUUUCACGCAUAAUGAAAAACCCUCAUGUUUUCCAGUAGAAAUGAUUGUGCUUAAUUAAAAUUA